CUCUUGUCACUCAUUCGCUGUGCUGCUCGGAGCGCAUUCAGUGUCAGCGGCUGAGGACCAAUUCAUGAUAUCACAGCGACCUGAAACAGGGACAAAGCAUCGUAGUCAUUUAGAUUAUAACUGAACCAACUCUACCUAUUCUACACGGAGCAUACCUUUGGAAGAGAUUGCAAUGCUUCAGAUACGGGAUCUCAUUUGGACAUUGCUUUUCCUUGGUUAUGCAGCUGCCUUGCAAGUGGAAAUCACUCCGACCCAGGGAGAGAUCAGCGUUGGAGAGUCCAAAUUCUUUUUGUGUGAAGUUGUUGGAGAUGCUAAGGAAAUAGACUGGUUUGCACCCAAUGGGGAGAAGCUCUUGCCAGGAAGACCAGACAUCAGCAUCAGCAAGACUGACGAGUCCUCGUCGACACUCACAAUCUACAAUGCUAAUGUCGAUCACGCGGGAAUGUACAAGUGUGUGGCAAAAAGCGGAGAAAAGGAAUCUCAGGGCACCAUCAUUGUAAAAAUUUUCCAGAAACUCACUUUUCAAUAUGCUCCAUCGCCUCAAGAGUUCAACGAGGGUGAUGAUGCUGACAUCAUCUGUGAUGUCAUCAGCUCACCACCCCCAACUAUCAUCUGGAGGUAUAAAAAGAUGAGAAUCCAGCCUGAGACUGAUGUCCGUCUCAAGGUCUUAAGCAACAACCACCUCCAGAUCCGCGGCAUCAAAAAGACAGAUGAGGGUGACUACACCUGCGAGGGCCGCAUCAUGGCCCGAGGAGAAAUCGACCUGAGGGUCAUCAAGGUCAUUGUCAAUGUUCUGCCAAGCAUCAGGACCCGCUACACUGAGCUUAAUGCCACUGCAGACAUCAACCAGGCCGUGACGCUGGCCUGUCACGCAGAUGGCUACCCAGAACCCACUGUCAAGUGGGCACGAGGUAAUACGGAGCUGGAAUCAGAUGAGAAGUACAGUCUAAAUGAAGAUGGGUCGGAGCUGACCAUCAAAGACGUCAAUAAGCUUGAUGAGGGAGAUUACAAGUGCAUCGCUAGAAACAAGGCUGGAGAGAGGAGUGAAGAAGUCACGCUCAAUGUGUUUGUGCAACCUAAGAUCACCUUCCUAGAAAACCAGACGGCAUCUGAGUUGGAGGAGCAGAUCACGUUGACUUGUGAGGCGACGGGUGAUCCAACACCUAACAUCAUCUGGAGCUUCGGCCGCCGUGUCUUCACCGAAAAUGAACAGGCUUCAUGGACUCGACCUGAGAAGCACAAGAGUCUGGAUGGUAACGUGGUUGUGCGCAGUGAUGCCCGCGUGUCCUCUCUGACUCUGAAGUACGUUCAGUUCACGGACGCCGGCCAGUACCUUUGCACCGCACGCAACUCCAUCGGUCAGGACAUCCAGAGCAUGUACCUGGAAGUGCGCUAUGCUCCAAAGAUCCAGGGCCCUCAGGCGGUGUUCACCUGGGAGGGUAAUCCAGCUAAUAUCACCUGCGAGGCCCUCGCUCACCCGGGUGCCUCCGUUUUGUGGUUCCGGGAUGGCCAGCAGCUGCCGAGCGCUAAUACCACCAACGUCAAGAUCUACAACACCCCCACAGUCAGCUUCCUGGAGGUCACUCCAGACUCCCAAAACGACUUUGGCAGUUACAACUGCACAGCUACCAAUGUCAUCGGCACAGAGUCAAAGGAAUUCAUUUUGGUUCAAGCAGAUGUGCCUUCGGCCCCCUCUAUCGAGCGUGUGGAGCCGUAUUCCAGCACAGCAAUGAUAGAGUUUGAGGAGCCUGCUUCCAGUGGAGGAGUGCCUGUUCUGAAGUACAAAGCUGAAUGGAGGAUAGCAGGCCAAGACUGGACUGACCGAGAGUAUGAACUUGAGGAUGGUCUCAACCUGAUCACCAUUGUGGGGCUGAAGCCAGAGACCACAUAUGAAGUCAAGAUAUCGGCCAUCAACGGCAAGGGUGAAGGAGAGAGCAGCGCCCCAGAGAGCUUUAAAACCCAGCCUGUUCGCCUUCCUUUCAGAAUGUCUCCAGAGACUCCAACUUCCAUUCCUCCAACCACUGCCGACAUUAAAGGGGAACCUAAUCCUCCUAAACUGGAGGCUAAGCCACAGUCCACGGGCAAUGAGAUGAAGGUGCACUUUAUCAAGCAGGACGAUGGGGGCUCUCCCAUCAAACACUAUCUAGUGCGCUACAGAGCUAAGAACCGCCAGGACUGGAAGCCUGAGAUCCGUAUGCCUGAUGCCAGCGAUUACAUAGUGCUGCGGGGCCUAGACUGGAACACAGAAUAUGAAGUCUACGUCAUUGCAGAAAACCAGCGAGGACGGUCUGAACCCGGCACCCUCUCCUUCAGGACCUUGCCAGAACCCACCGCCAUCCCAGAAACAAGCUCAGGUUUGGGCACUGGCGCUAUCGUGGGCAUCCUCAUUGUGGUCUUCAUCCUGCUCCUCUUCGGCGUAGACGUCACUUGCUACUUCCUGAACAAGUGUGGCCUUCUCAUGUGCAUCGCUGUCAAUUUCUGCGGCAAGUCUGGGCCUUCAGCCAAGAGCAAGGAUAUCGAGGAGGGAAAAGCUGCCUUCACUAAGGAUGAAUCUAAGGAGCCUAUUGUGGAGGUAAGAACUGAAGAAGAGCGCACACCAAACCACGAGGGAGGAGGCCCAACUGAACCCAACGAGACCACCCCUCUGACCGACCCCGAGCACGCUGCUGACACCACAGCAACAGUAGUGGACUUGCUUCCCUCUGUAACCACUAACUCAGACCCCGGCACUGAAAGUCCGGCUAGCGAUAGCACCACCCUUACCACCAGCACCGACCCUAAACCUACUCCCCAAUCCAGCACCCCCAAACCUAGCGUCACCUCUCCCACCUCCCCUCCUCAAGCCGUGGCCCCUCUGGUGGACCUGAGUGAAACACCCUCCAAACAGACCUCAAAGUCCUUAGAUGAUUCAAGCCCCGCAGAAGUGGCCAGAGCCGAUGGCCAGAGCCCGGCUGAGCCGGCCAAAGCCCCCCAAAGUAAGGACUCUCAGGUACAAGCAGGAUCCCACCAGACCACAGAUAGUGACCCUGCCAAGAAUUCCAGCGACUCCUCCAGCGCACCGUCCGCACCCAACCAGGACGACGGUAAAAUCAUUGUAGAUGACAAAAGUAAAGCGCCGGAGACGGAGGUAAAGAAACCCCCGGCGGAGGUGAAGACAGUCCCCAAUGAAGCCCCGCAGGCGAACGGCAACGAGAGCAAAGCAUGAUGGGAAAUCAGCACGACAGUCGCAGACAGACAGCACCACACCACCACCACUUCUCAGAUACAAGGCUUUCUUUUUUCAGUGUCUUCUUUGAGUUUCGCAGAACAAAACACAUCUGUAGAUGUAUAGAGCACCUAAAGAGCUCGCACACUUGCCUUUGAUUUUGUACUUUUCAUUUGUUAUCACUAUUGAAAUGUCGUUUCUUUCAAAAAACGCAAGAAGGAAAGAUUCUUCACCUCUAGCACAGUCUCCUUGACCUCUGUGAGUAAGACCAGCAUCUUUCAAGUACACUCAGUUUUUGUUUUUUUGAGGAAGAGAAAUUUUGCUUUUACACAUUCAGCCCAGCGAGAUGUUUCAGUUAAGUCCCGUCUUAUAACAUGCAGUAUUGCCAUCAUUAUUGUCUGCCACAUUCUUAUUCUUUUGGGAACAUUUUUAAUGUUUUACUUGUGUUUAAAUAAUGUACAAAAACAACCGCCUUUUUAUUUUAUUUUUUUCACAUGAUUUUAGCGCUAGAUUUUUAGCACGCUUGCUUUGCAGAAUGAUUCCAGCCCUGAGUAUUCACAGCAUUUUACUUUGAUAAAACCUGCUGUUUGCUUCACAGAAGAUUACACAAACUAAAGGUCUGAACUAGUGGUUAGGUUUGAAAUAAAAAUCGCCACUUUAUUUUCUGUUUUACACAUACUUUCAUUUUACAACACAUGCCGUUUUCUCUGAGCCUCAGGGUUCCUUCCAUUUAGUUUUGGUUUUUAGAGCAGGAUUGAGAGUCAAAUAGGUCUCCCACAGUGAUCUUUGCUUAAAAACGUCCCGCAAGUCCUUUAAAAAAACAUUAGGAACAACUCGGAGCUCUUAGAUAUGGAUCGAAUGGCUCCUUGAGAGGAUUCCGUACAAGAAUUGCUGUGUUACUCGGAGAAACAGCUGUUGCAUUCGUGGAUUUACGAAAACAUGAGGUGUUCAUAAUGCUUGCGGGAAGUCCCUUAAGAUGUCUGACUGGUGCUCCGUUGUUUUAAAGGGUUAGUUUAACUUGAAAUGAAAAUUCUGUUAUUGAUUUAUCCUCACGUCAGUCCAAACCUGUCUGUUCACCCAAAUAUCUGAUGCUUCAAAAUAAAUGAAGAGAUCAGUUUGUUUGUUAUUUGAGCAGUUUGAAGUGUCAGAGUUUUAGGUUAACAGUCUUUCAAUGGACGGACAAGCAUCUCUGAUUUGAGAUGGAGAUGAACAAAAAUACAAUGCAAUUUAGUGGCUAAUUUGUAUUAGUUUGUAUGAUCAUUUUAGCACCAAUUGCUCAUCCUUUAAUGAGAGUUAGGGCUGGGGUUUGGGUGCAUACUUCUUUGUUAAAAUCGUACGUUUUUAUAUGAAUGAAAUCAUUUGCAUUUUUACAAAUUAGUCACUUUUCUGAGAAUAUGUAUAAAUAUGUUUUGAAUAUGAAUAUGUAUGAAAAUUUGUUUUGGGUUGCAAGCCCUUACAGUGCACAGGUGACAAACUCAGUUCUGGAGAGCCACAUCUCUCCACAGUUUAGUUUUAACCCUAAUUCAAGAUUUCACACUUAGCUGAUGAUUGGUAAUAAGCUUGUUUGGCAUGCUGUCCCGGGAGAGAGCCCUGAGCUUAUAAGAUCCUCGAGCUCUGGGCUCCCUCCUGUUAGCAGGGCGAGAGGGGAGUUUGAGCUCAGGUAGAUCUCGAUGAACACCCCCGACUUAUUUUUGGCUAAUGGCUGUUAUAUAAUGUCUGAGGAGAGAUAUACGGCUUACUAAGUUCUUGACUAUAAUGCCAUUUUGGUAUGUUCAACUUACUUAGGUUGUGUUUUUUGUACUGUGUGGGGAAGCCCGAGGAAAACCCAGGCGAGCACGGGGAAAACGGGCAAACACAGAAAUGUCAGCUGGUUUAGUAGAGACUUUAACCAGAGACAUUCUAGCUGUGAGGCAACAGUGCUAAUCACUGGGCCGCCGUGUCGACCAUCUAGAAAGGAGGGGGAGUAGGGGUGGGUGGAAACAUGUAAGUUUUGCAGUUCGCUGCUUUGCAAAGUUCAAACUUGGUAACCUCUGCAAAAUUACUUGACUGUGUGAGACAAAUCGAGGAUCAAAACAUGACCUCUCUAGACAGAAAUUUUAAAUAUGGACCAAUCGCUCGCUUUUUAAAUGUCUAAUCAUCUUAUUUAAUCCCGUCACUUUUUGCAGCGCCAUACUACAGAAUUUCGCAUGCUCAAACUAUAGUGUAACCGCAGCUUAAUUAAGUUCUUCAGGCUUGCUUUAAACCUCCAGGUAAGUGUAUUGAAGUAGGGUUGGAACUAAACUGUGCAGGGCUGCGGCCCUCAAAGAAAUGAGUUUGAUACCCCUGCCUUACGGGUUUGGGCAUGACUUAUGGAUAAAACAUUACAGAAUAGUCUUUUUAAUUUGCAACCUAACCAUUAAUUGGUAACUUCAUUAUUAAUUGAUAAACGUGACGUCAGAAUGAAGUCGUACCCCUUCGAUGGUAAUAAAAAAUGUUAAUGUUUGUUGCUUUUUCUCAAAUGUCUUAAAUGGCCAAAUUAUUUCCGUUUUAUUUAAGCCAUAGUACUCCGGUGUGGAUCGUAGCAUAAAGAAUAUUCAGCCUGACUUUUGUUUUGUUUUUUGUACAGUGUUUCUCAUUCUUUAGGCUGCAAGCUUGUGCACUGUGAAUGCGUGAAAAUUCCUAGUGUGAAUACAGUGUGUUCUUUGUACUAGAAAAAAAAUAAAGAAAUAAAAAGUUUCCAUAGGUUGUGAAAGCUGUAGCUGUUAGUUCAAAUGAUGUUCAUCACGAUAAGAAAAGAAAAACAUUUUGAAAAUACAAACAAAAAUAAAUAAAUUAAACACAAACAAACAUUGACUGCAGCAGAAGUCAAAUACGGACACAAAAGGAGUUGGUGCCUUCAAUAUUAAACAUCCUCUCGUAUGCAGGCCUGGAUGGGCCGCUACUCUCUCUGUGGCAACUUGGUCCAGAUCUGUAAACUGUGAAAAUAGUAAAAAUAAUACGUUUAGUUUUAUGCUCAAACGUGUCGUCACUUGGUCUGAGGAUGUAAAUGGAUCGUGGUUUUCUUAAAAACUUGAGUUCUCAAAAUCUCGACAACAUGCCUCUAUUUAACUGAUGCAAAAUAAGACAUGUAUGUAUAUACAUAUAUAAAUAUAUUCACAUACAAAACUGUCUCGAUGCAUUUCGUCUCAUAGGCACCAUCGAAUUACAAAAAUCUUUCCGUUCAUUCCAUUUGCCUUGUCAUUUAUUUUUAAACCUGAAAUAUGCAUGUGAUGUAUUCUGAACUAGAUGUCAUCGGUGUUAAGGUUACGAAUUGAAUUGCUAAGUAACUGAAAAUGUCAAAGGCUUUACCUGUUGUAUCUGAAUGUCAGUGAACUCAUCAUUUUGUAUGUUCACUGUUUUUGCUUUCACUACUAGACGAACAUGAAGUGCUUUUGUGGAGCUGGACGACAUCACUUUUUAAUAACUUUCAUUGUUAAAGCUUAAAACAGAUCUAUAGCUCAUGAACAAAUAUAAUAAUAUAUAGUUUCAUGAACUAUUUGAAUGUAAACUUGUGUUCUGUUAUAGGGAUUGUUCAUCAAAAAAAAGAACAUAUACUCACCCUGGAGUGUUUCCAAACAUUUAUGAGCUCUUUUUGUGUUGAGAAUUUUGAAAACCAGUAGCAAUUGAUUUCCAUAUAAGGAAAACACAUUUGGAAGUCAAUGGUUACUGAUUUCAAACAUUCUUCAAUAUAUGAUGACUGAAUGUUCAUUUUUUGGUGAACUAUCCCUUUAAGCAUGUGUAAUGUAAUGAUAUUAUUAACAAUGAAAGUUAUUACAAAACGUUUCCAGCUGAAUUCAGGUCUAAUAAACAAACAAGUUGUUUCUCUCCGUUUCAUACUGCCAUUUAAUGUGGGACCAAUUUGUUUACACAGUUUACCGCCGCAGUCGUACCAUCAAGCCACUUUAAAGACAAAAAAGUCUGUUCCCAGAUUCAUUUAAAGCUCAUCGUCUGACUAGAUUACACUUGUUUGAUGUGGAAAAGGUUUCUCUCAUCAUCUCUCUCAUGUCAGACCUUUAUACGACAUCCAUUUCUUCAUCCCCUACUGAGAGGCCCUUCUCCCAGCUGACUGUAUCCAGAUUUCUACACUUCCAGCUCUCCCUCCCACUGCCACUGCUGUAAAUACUAACCGACAACAAAAUCUGACUUCAUUCUGUCAAAAUUCUUGUGUUCAAUAAAAGGAGAAAAAAAUAAUAA